AUGGCGCUGACGUCAGCCUCCUCGCGUUUUUUUCCUCCUUCUUUCCUUCCUUCCUUUUCACCCUCCGACCCCACAGGCUCGCGUGCGCCGCCGACCGGGUCGCUCUUCGAUGGCGCAGCGCAGCGCUGGCCUGGGAAGAGCGCAUACGCGGCAUCGGGGCCGGCGGACGAGAUAACAUAUGGUGGGUGGUGCGAGGAGCAAACCGUCGCUGCUGCCUCAGGCUGCUUCUGGGCUUCUGGCGGCGACACGACAGAUAUACUUAGACACGACGCGACGCGACGCGACAGGCCGGGCUGGGCUUCUCUCAAUUCGCGCGAGCAAUUGCGUGUGGCAAUUGAAUCCGCGAGAGCAAUUGAAUCAAGAAUUGAAUGCAGAACGCGAAGGCUCAAGCUCAAGCGAGGCAUCACGCACUUCGUACACACGCUCACGUCGUCGCUGCAUCUGUUCGUCCCUGAAGGGAAAUGUAUUGCAUGGGGAAAGGCCGAGGGCUCGGUCGUGCCAGUGUCCGUGGUUCCUUCCCUGCGCGUAUCCACCCGCGAUAUUGCCAGCUCUUGCGCACCUGCUGCUGCACUCCCACAACUCCCAGGUCAUCUCCGCACCCGCACCCUCUGCACCCUGCCCACCCAGCACCCGGGGCCCGGAAAAACCCCGUCCGGCGCUCGCCCGCUCGGCGUAACGCUAACGCGCCCGUGUAGGCCCCAAUCUUCGCGCGUCAAGCGGUAUCGCGCGCGGGCCUGGGAAGGGAAGUCGAAGGGGGGGUUCUGGAUUCUGGUGCCUUCGGCGGAAGUCGGGUUGCCCUUUCCAUCCACCGCCGUCCGUCUUCUGGGCCCCUGCCCUAGCGUCCACCGUGCCUCGCCAGCGCCACUGGCCAGCGCUAGCGGCAACGCUAUCUCGGUGGCACCGCUGACGCUGACGCAUCACAUGGCCCGCGGCAUCCGCUGCCGGGUGGGCGCUCCCACGCCGCCACGCCAGAUCACGCGAGAAGCCUGA